AAUGUCUCUUUGGUUGCAAAAUGACUCUCAGAACAAGUUCUACAAUUGAUUUUCAUUUGUGAUACAAAAUCAUUUGCUGUAAUUAUCGCAAUUAUUUAUUUCUUUAUACUUUUGAAAUGAAAAAAAUUACAUCGACGAUUUUUAUCAUGGAUUUUUUCAAUAAUUAAUAAUAAGUCUUUCCUUAUCGAGAAAUUUAUUGGACACUUUUUUCGUAUCUUAAUUUUUGAUUAUUAUGAUUUUCAUGUAUCUGUGAUAUUUAAAUUCUCAUCGAGAUUAUAAUCGAUACAACUUGAAUACGCAACGUAUAUGACAGGUCGCUUUUAUUAUCGCCUUUGUUUCGAGUUUGUAUUGCAGUUUAGUUUGUGUUACUCAACAUUGAUGUUAUUUUAAUUUUUCAUAUGUGUUUGAUUGUGAGAAAAUGCGUUUGACAUGGUUACUGGAGAGGAUUGUUCUUGCGCCGACACAACGGAACCUUCCAAUUUAACGUCUUUGCGUUCAGACGAUGCAACCUCGGUCAUAAAUUCUGAUGUAAAUGCGGCUUGCACCGAAACAGUCGAUAAAAGAAACGUUGAAGAACCCAAAGAAAUAGACUGCAAAUGUUCCGAUGCAUCGCCAGUUGAAACUUAUUGCGUAGCCGAUAUUCCAUCUGCUCCAGAACGACCAGAUCGCCAGUCGAAGCGAAAGAAGUCGAGGAGUCAGCCACCUGCCAUGCAACUUAAAUCGAGUUACCCGUGCCUCUGUCACAGUCAUAAAAUCAACGGCUAUGUUCUGCCUGUGAAAUUCAAGGAAGAUAAGCUACAGUCGCGUCCAUUCUGGAGCCGCUUUGGCUGGAAACGACCAAGAAACGGCAGAAGGGACAAGAUGUACGAGAUAAAGCUGAAACAAGUGCAAUGUCCGCAUUACGCCAAGCCGCGUCCGAAUAGCGCACCUAAGCAGCAUCUCGACGUGUUGCAACCACCGCAUGAAUUUCAAUCUUUUGUCUCCCGCGAAGAACUAUCGGAGGGGAUACCGAGUAAGAACGUCAAAUAUGAGACCGAUAAAUCGAAGCCACCUAAAUAUCCAACAAAAGCGAAACUCAAGAGGGAGGAAAUAGCGGAGAAGAUUGAGAUUUACUAUUUUGAUCAUGGAGACUCGGCAUAUUAUCGAACGACCGAUUGCCACCCUGUACUAAUUACGGACAAGUGCGCUGAGAAGACCGAUCAGGCGGCGACCCGCUUUUGGGCGGAGAUCUUCGGCACGAUCCACAUCGGUAUCGCCUUCGUCACAGCCUUCAUUCUGCAGCUUCUACGGUUCGUGCUCUACAGCGUGAUCCGACCGUUGACAGUCGGGAUAGUCCAACUGAUAGCGGAUUACUUUAUAAAACCGCUGCUGUCCAUUCUGUUCAAUGCUCUCGUGCAACCAGUAUUGAUCUUGCUCUACAACAUCGCGACGUCGUUGAGAGACCUUUGUGAGCCGAUAGCCGAGGCGAUGGGCCUGUUCCUGAGGGAAAUCGCGAACCUCUGCGCCGCGAUCAGGAUCGUGGAGGUGAAGCACGUUCACGCACCGACUACUGCUUGCACCUGAGCCCGGAACCCGGAAAUUGAAGGCUUUUGAGAAGAUCGAGUUUUAGUGAUUUGACUAAAGACUCUCUCAAAGGAUUCUCGCGAAUCCUUCCGGGACCGCAGGUCAGUUCUCCAAGAAAGGAAUCUGCAUUCUCGCACACGUUCGAUUCAUUUCAUCAACAACAACAUGCCUUAACACCAGGUAUAUAUUUGGUAUUAUUUUAACUUUACAAUAUUAUUAUUGUAUCAUUUUUUUUACAGAACAAAUUAUCUCUUAUAGCAACUAACUUUGUCAAUAAUAAUCAAUUCGUUCUUUGUCACUCUCGCGCAUACUUUCUUUCGUUCGCUGUCACUCUCUUUCUCCUUCAUCUUCUCUCUUUCGUUCUUUAUCUCUCUUUACCGCCUUUCUCGUGUAUCUUAGCGUUUAAUAAAUUAUGUACAAUCUCACAAACAACAAACGGAGGAACCUAAUUACAUCAUAUAGUUGUUCACACUUCGCUAUGUACAGGUACUACUGGUAUAUCUUCUUGUUUUUACAGAACCACUGCUUUCUCUCAUUCACUCUCGCAUUCUCUCACUAUCUUUCUCUCAGUCUCUCAUACUACUUCUUCUAUCUCUCUCUUUCUUACCGGCCGAUCAUAUCGCGAUGAAUCUUAUUUUUCGCACGUAGUCUACAAAAA